GUAUCGUUCAAUUGUUCUCAUACUCAUUUGUGUAGCUAAAACCCAGAUAAAACCCCGUUUUUGAUAUAGAAAGAUUCAAAAUUAUCAUUAUCACUCUAUCUCAAAACAGAAAAUAAAAAGCACAAAAAUGCUUAGCACUUCAAUCUUGUUCACGCUUUCCACACGAACUUAUUACCCUAACACUUUCCAUUCACAUUUCCCAAACUCAACUUCCACUCACCAACAUCAUCUAUAUCCGAAGCAGAAGCUAAAAAUUAAAAAAAAUCGAUUAUUCGUGUUAAGCGAUUCCAGUUACGAAGUUGGCGGUGGUUUCCCACUCGACGAACUUAAUAACCGAAACGAAAGCGAAAAUUCGGAAGAUACAGAUACAUCUGCUCAACGAGAAGCGCUUCUUAAAGGAGGAGAUCAAGUUAUCUCCGUUCUUCAGGAAAUGAUUACUCUCUUGGAAGAUAUGGAUAUGGAUGAAGAUUCUGAAAAAGUAGCAGUGGAGAUAGCUGCACAAGGAGUUAUUGGUAAGAGAGUUGAUCAGAUGGAAUCUGAUUUCAUGAUGGCUCUUGAUUACAUGAUCCAGCUUGCGGAGCAGGACCAGGAUGAUAAGCGCAAAUCACUGUUGGAAGUUAUCAAAGAGACAGUUUUAUCACAUCUAACUAAAAAGUGCCCACCCCAGGUUCAAGUAAUUGGUCUUCUAUGUAGAACUCCUAAAAAGGAAAGCAGAUAUGAAUUGUUACGCCGAGUAGCAGCUGGCGGAGGUUCAUUUAAAGGCGAGAACGACUUGAAGGUUCAUAUCCCAGGGGCAAAUCUAAAUGAUAUAGCUAACCAAGCUGAUGAUUUAUUGGAGACAAUGGAAACUCGUCCUGUUGUGCCUGAUCGAAAACUGCUUGCGAGGCUUGUUUUGAUUAGAGAAGAAGCUCGUGAUAUGAUGGGAGGGGGAAUUUUGGAUGAAAGAAAUGACCGUGGAUUUUCUACUCUACCUCAGUCUGAGGUGAAUUUCUUAACCAAAUUGGUGGCUCUAAAACCUGGGAAAGUUGUUCUUGAUAUGAUAAGAAAUGUGAUGCAAGGAAAAGAUGAAGGUGCAGACAACUCUGGCAACAACGAUGAAGAUGAUAGGGUUCCAACAGGAAUAGCUGGAAGGGCAAGUGUGACAGGACGGAGGCCACAUCCGGUACGCCCAGGCAUGUUUCUGGAAACAGUCUCUAAGGUCUUGUCUGGUAUAUAUGCUGGAACUGACUCUGGUAUCACUGCACAACAUCUGGAAUGGGUUCAUCAAAAGACACUUCAAGUCCUUCAGGAGAUAGCAUUUAACUAGUUCAAUCUAUAUAUCUUUCCACCUCUUCCCAUAAUCCUAUUUUUUUAUGGUGAAGUAUGGCUCAAUGUUGUUACUCUCUGCCACAUAGAAGACAUGGUAGGCUGUUUAUAGGGAUAGCUUUAAUGACAAUGUCAUAUUUUUAAACCUUUAGAAAGUGAUGUAAAUUUACUAAAAUACUGUGAGGAAUAUUGUACUACUUAUUUGUCUAAAAAUAUUUAUACUAAAUGGAGAUGACAGUGAGAUUUCUA